AUGAUUUCCUGCUCCAGCUUCACGCCAUCCCAGACCAGGCAACAAGGUCCUUUGAGGUCUAUAAUGAAAGAUCUGCAUUCUGAUGACAAUGAGGAGGAAUCAGAUGAGGCAGAAGAUAAGGACAAUGACUCUGAAAUGGAGAGACCUGUAAAUAUAGGAGGCAACCGAAGCCGCAGAGUUAGCUUAAUUGACGGCAGCAACAGUGAAAGCAGCUCAGCUUCUUCGCCCCUCCAUCAUGAACCCCCGCCACCUUUAUUAAAAACCAACAACAACCAGAUUCUUGAAGUAAAAAGUCCAAUAAAGCAAAGCAAAUCAGAUAAGCAAAUAAAGAAUGGUGAACGUGACAAGGCCUACCUAGACAAACGGGUCGAGCUUCACAGAAGGUUAAUGACACUGAGGGAGAGACACAUUCUGCAGCAGAUCGUGAACCUUAUAGAAGAAACUGGACACUUUCAUAUCACAAAAACGACAUUUGAUUUUGACCUUUGCUCGUUGGACAAAACCACAGUCUGUAAACUACAUAGCUACCUGGAAACAUCUGGAACUUCCUGAGGUUACAACAACUGGAUGCAUCAAAAACUAUUGUUGGUUUUUUUGUUUGUUUGGUUGUGAUUUUUUGUUUGUUUAUAUGAAAACACUCAGAAUG